AUGGCGAGCAUCUCACCGGUGCGACCCGCGUUCGUUUUGGCUGUGCUGCUCUCUCUCACCUGCAGCGCCAUCGCCGGCCGCCAUCUGCUCCAGAUUACCGGCACUCGCUAUCAUGCGUUUUCUAAGCUGUACACUACUAAUUUUGUUUUGGGAGGCAAGGCCACGCUGAGUGCCAACGUCAUGACCACUGUCCAGUCUACCUCCUUCACCAUCACGCUUACAGGGGUACCUGACGGCUCUACUCCCACAUUCACCACUCCCGGCUACUAUAACUCCACCUCUGGCGCCCUCCCUGUCGGCACCCUCAAGACGUUAAUCGACGCUAAGCUGUUCAAGCAACCCACUGCCUUCCUUUUUUCGUUCAAAGUUGAUGACGUGCUCGUGACGGCGAAAGUCUCAGCAUCUUAUUCCAGCUACUGA